AAUUAGAACCUUUACAACCAGUGCGUUCCGAUUCUAGUUCUACUUCACAAGAAUCCAUACGUCGAUCAAGGGUCAUAGAAUUCUUUGAACUUUUGGCAGGGCUUAUUGGUGUCUGUAUAGGUGGUUAUAUUAUGUAUUAUUUCUCUACUUUAGUUCGAGAUAAUAAUGAUGGAAAUGAUGAUCAAAAGGAAAUGAAAGUACUUCCUCAAAUUUUGGGAUGGUGUAGCGCUAUGCUUUAUCUCGGUGCAAGAAUUCCGCAAAUUAUUCAAAACCAUAAGUCACAAUCUACUGAAGGAUUAUCACUAGCAAUGUUCUGUUUUUGUGUAUUAGGCAAUGUUUCUUUUUGUGUA